AGACUAGCGUUGGUAUGUUUAGGGUUAGGAUUAGGCAAUCAGGUAGCGAUUUCAACAAAAGGGGGUAAUAUUUUGGCAGGGGUCGAAAAUGGGCACAACACCGGUAUUUAGUAGCGAGUGCACAUGAGAUUUCAGAAGAGACUUGUCUUCUGAAAUGGUGCUCUGUCUCUUUAAGAACUAGUCUCCACACCUAUCGACUGAUGUGUGACGUACUAUUGUACUUAAUCGACCGCCUGCUAUAUUUUGUGCUCUUUACGGAGGUUAAUGCGUCUACUUCAAGUUUCGGUAACUUUUAUCACUAACUGGUGAAAACAAACUACUGUCGCAACUGUAGAUAGUCGUUUGACGAUUUAAAAUAGGGCGCGAGAUCAAAUGAGCGAGUUGGGGAAAGUUUGGGGACACACAGAAGCUUUCAAUUAUUAUUCAUCCAUUCAAAACACCCCUUCAGAAUGAUGAUGUGAACACAAUAAAUCUGCUUUCUUAACGGAUUAAAAAUCUGCCAAUGGUCUGGCGUUCAAGUCUAUGGAGCAAAGUUGAAAACGGGAUAAUUUGACUCAAGUUUGGAUCUUCCCUGACAUACUCACAGCCAUGGUGACUAAAGUAGGUUUGCGGCUUUCUGAAUGAACUCAUUGUGCAAUGGGGACUCGUAGAAACGGCUUCAGCAAACGAGAGACUUUCAUUCUCUCUGUUGAUGUGGGAACAACCUCCAUCAGGUGCCAUGUGUACGAUAAGAGCGCCAGUAUCAGGGGAUCCUGCUCCACGAAGGUGUCCCUACUUUAUCCUCAGCCUGGAUGGGUAGAGAUUGACCCUGAUGAUCUGUGGAAAGGGUUUGUGACUGUAGUCAAAGGAGCAGUUCAAGACUCAGGCUUACAGAUGUGCCAAAUGGAAAGUCUUGGUAUCUCAACUCAGAGGGCAACGUUCAUAACAUGGGACAGAAACACAGGAAAACCGUUUCAUAAUUUCAUCACCUGGCAGGACUUGAGGACAGUCGAGUUGGUGAGAUCAUGGAACAGGUCCUGCACUAUGAAGACUGUACGUGGAGUGACGAAGAUGCUGUACUUCCUCACCAGACAGAAGAGGUUCCUUGCAGCCAGCCUAGUAGUUUUUACCAGCCAGCAUGUGUCACUGCGUCUUGUCUGGGCCUUGAACAAUAUCCCUCAGUUGCGGCAAGCAGUUGAAGACGGCUCCUGUUAUUUUGGGACCAUAGACACCUGGCUGCUGUACAAACUGACUAAAGGCUUGGUUCAUGCUACUGAUUACUCUAAUGCCAGUGCAACCGCAAUAUUUGAUUCCUAUCAGAUGUGCUGGAGUGGAUUUGUUUGCUCACUCCUCUCUAUACCUCUGUCCAUCCUCCCCAGUGUGCAGAACACCAGUCAUAAAUUUGGCACAUGUGAUCCAUCCAUAUUCGGGGUGCCCAUCCCAAUCAUGUCUGUUAUGGCAGACCAACAAGCAGCCAUGUUUGGAGAAUGCUGUUUUGACAUUGGUGAUGUGAAAAUUACUAUGGGCACAGGCACCUUCAUGGACAUCAAUACAGGAAACAAACCACACACGUCUGUAGCUGGCCUUUAUCCGCUGGUGGGCUGGAAGAUCGGUGAUGAUGUUGUGUAUCUGGCCGAAGGUAAUGCUGCUGGAACAGGUGCUGCCAUUAAAUGGGCCCAGGAUCUAGAGCUCUUUUCUGAUGUGAAGGAGACUGAGGCUAUAGCCACUAGUGUGGAAGACUCAGACGGAGUGUAUUUUGUGCCUUCUUUCAGUGGCUUACAGGCCCCUCUGAAUGAUCCUAAAGCUUGUGCCUCUUUCAUGGGCUUAAAACCUUCCACAACCAAGAGGCAUCUUGUUCGAGCCAUUCUGGAGUCUAUAGCGUUCAGGAACAAGCAGCUCUUUGAAGUUAUGCUUGGAGAAACCCGUAUUCCUAUCACUAAAAUCAGGGCAGAUGGAGGUGUUUGCACCAAUAAUUUCAUCAUGCAACUCACAGCUGAUCUGUUGGGGCGUAAGAUAGAACGUCCAAGCCACUUUGACAUGUCCUGCCUCGGAGCUGCGUUUGUUGCAGGACUAGGAACAGGCUACUGGAGGAACCAAGAAGAGCUGAAGAAGCUUUUGACCACAGACCAACAUUUCCUUCCCCGAAGGAGUAAAGCAGAUUGGGACAAGGGCGGCCUAUACAGAGGUGUACUGCAGAGCUGGGAGAGGGCUCUUCAGCGCUCAAUGCACUGGUACAGCCAGCCCUGAUUUACCAGAAUACAAGUUUCUUCUGUAAACUCUUCAUGUGAACAGGUUUAGGGCAGUCACUGAGAAAAACACUUGAACAGAAUGAUUUCCAAUCUGGAUUUGGAAACCUGCAUAUCAAAGGUUAGUUACAGUUUUGCCAAAUCAUGGGGGAUUUUACAGAUUUACAACAUGUUUGUGUAAAUCCAGAUCACCCAGUUGUGAAUCCAGUGGUAUUAUGAUGAUGAAGCGGCAGGAUGCAGCACAAUUCUUACUAGUAGUAUUAUGAUUUUGCCAAUUAAUUAGUCAUUAGGCACUAAAAUCAAUCACAGCCUUAAUCCAACUACUGUUUUUUUUUGUUUUUUUAUAUAUAUAAACAAAUUAAUUUAUUUAAAUCGCUAAGUGCCUUAAUGAGGUGCUUUUGUACAAGAGAUCCUCAGUGAGGUGCCUCGGUUACUCAUCUCCCAAAGGAUGACAUCUCACCCUAGAUGAGUAUUGUAAUUAUAUGUAAUUUGUGUUGUUUACGUAGAUGGGAGUAAGUGAAACUUACUGCUCUUUAUUUUUAUCAUACACUUUAUCAUGUUUUGAGUUAACACAUAGUGCAUCCAUUUUAGUGUAUGGUAAUUUGUACAAGCAUUCAUUAAUGCGGUUGUACUUCAUGUAAUUUUUGUUAAUAUUUGUUAAUUGCAUAUAUAGUCUUGGUGUUAUGUAGGUUAUUUUUUAAUCAAAUGUACCUCAUAAUACAAAGAGAAUGCUGCAAACAUGGAAAACUUGUUACCUGAUGGACUAUAUUUGGACUAUAAUCUUUAAGCAUCCAACCUGCUAUACUUGUUUGUAUACAAUCUGUGUCACAGAUUGUUUCUUCAUACCAUCAACGGUGGCUAAUAAUACCAUACAUUCAACUGUAGUAAAAAUGAGUAACUGUGAAACUGUAUAAUUUCCUAGGCUUUUAUCAGGAUCUUGAAGAAAGAAUAAACAGAAUAUUUGUAAAGAUAAAUGUAUUAAUAUAUUGUCAAAGAACUCGUUGUGCCAUGUUUCAUGUCAGUAUGUGAAAUUAGUUGUUUUAAUAAAUUUUCAUUAUGCCA